GUUUGCGUGCGUGUGUGCGCGUCUGAAAACUAGGAUAAUCAUAGGCUAAGCAAGACCUGUGUACUUAAAAAAAAAAGAAAGCACAAUAUCAUCACAUAGCUACCAAUGUCCACCCCAGUGCAGGCUCAGCUUAUGCGCAUUGAGGAAGCUUACUUCUACGAGCCCGGUAAACUGUCUGAGGUACAUGCCAUAUCUGGUACCGUAUCCCCGCGAAAGGGGAACACCGCGCGUUCGAUAUGCUUAGUAUCAGGAAAUGGCAAUCGACCACUCGCUGAGGCUGUGGCUCUUUUGCUGGGCAAAAAUACACACAACACGUCGGUGACUCAAUACGCAAGUGGAGAGGUAAAUGUUCGGAUUAAUGAGAGUGUCCUCGGUGCCGAUGUGUACAUCAUUCAAAGCACCACGGGCAACAAUCUGAUUGACAUCAAUACGGCCAUUAUGGAGCUUAUGAUUUUAAUCCGUAAAAUGCGUUUGAGCAAUGCCAAGUCGAUAACGGCCAUUAUACCGUUCUUCGGGUAUGCGAGACGAGGCUACAAGAAAGAUUUGCGGGGCCCGAUUUCUGCCUCGCUGAUUGCACGCAUGAUUGUCAAGAUGGGCGUCGACCGGAUAACAACUUUGGAUUUACACUCCGGUCAAAUCCAGGGUUUUUUCGGCAAUGUCCCUUUAGACAACCUGAUUAUGGCGCACGAGUUCGCGCGCUAUUUGCGAAAACAACCGUGGUUUGACCUGGACCGGAUCGCGUUGGUGUCCCCUGACGCAGGCGGUGUGGAUCGGAUGAGCCGAUUGGCUGAUAUUCUUCAUGUCAAACACAUCGUAACCAUCGUGCGGCGGCAGAUUACUAUCAAGGGCGAAGAAGUUGUGCAAGCCGUAGGCGAGGUCGAUGGUUUGCACUGUGUCAUCGUGGAUGACAUAAUCGAUACCGGGAACACACUCAUAAAAGCGUGUAAUUUGCUUAAGUCGUUGGGCGCGGCGCGGGUGAUGGCUUGUUGCACCCACGGCAUUAUCACUCAUCCGUGCCCGACGCUCAUCAAUGAAUGCACGGCGCUUUCUGAACUAGUGGUUUCCGACUCUAUUCCACAAGAAGAAAAGAAAAAGAGCAUCCCGAAAUUGAAGGUACUGACAAUCGCACCACUCCUCGCGAUUGUCAUCGACAAAUACACUCGAGAAGAGAGUCUAAGCUCCAUGUUUGAUUCACCUUUGAGAAUCUAA